UAUUCUUCAACGCCUAGGGUUUCUCUCACUCAUCCACGGCUCAUAUAAACUCGAAACCUAACUCUUCACCCCGGCACAGUCUCGAUCCAGAGGAGAGAGAGCUCUUCAACAAUGGUGACUUAUAGGUUCCAUCAGUACCAGGUUGUUGGGAGAGCUCUCCCUUCGGAAACCGAUGAGCAUCCCAAGAUCUACCGCAUGAAGCUCUGGGCCACCAAUGAGGUUCGAGCCAAAUCCAAGUUCUGGUAUUUUUUGAGGAAGCUUAAGAAGGUUAAGAAAAGCAAUGGUCAAAUGCUCGCUAUCAAUGAGAUUUUUGAGAAGAAUCCAACCAAGAUCAAGAACUAUGGCAUCUGGCUUCGAUAUCAAAGUCGAACUGGUUAUCACAACAUGUACAAGGAGUACCGUGAUACCACCCUGAAUGGUGCUGUUGAGCAGAUGUACACUGAGAUGGCAUCACGUCACAGGGUUCGUCAUCAUUGCAUCCAGAUCAUUAAAACUGCUACGAUUCCAGCAAAACUGUGCAAGAGGGAGAGCACCAAGCAGUUUCACAACUCCAAGAUCAAGUUUCCCUUGGUGUUCAGGAAAGUCAGGCCGCCAACUAGGAAGCUGAAGACCACAUACAAGGCAUCUAGACCCAACUUGUUUAUGUAACUCUCAUUGCCAUGGGAAAAUCUAGGAUUUGAAGUUUUGUCAUGCCUAGUGGAGACCAGUAUUUGUCAUUUUCUGCUGCUUGGAGAUUAUACAAUUUUAGGGUACCUGAUAUCCAAAAAUUUCUGUUUGUGGAUUGAGGGUACCGCUUCCUUGCUAUAUGAAUGCUUUAGCACUCGCUAUUUGGAUUUUAAUGAGAUGCAUUGGUUACCUUUGUUA